CCUCACCCCCUCCUCCCCCUGCUGCGCCCCCCGGCCCCCGGGGGCCAAUGUGGAGCUCUCGAGUGCGCCGCUGAGCCGCUGCGGCAGCAGUGGGGGGAGUAUAAGCGGCAGCGGGUGCUGUGGUAGCGGCAGCACUUGCACCCUCAAUAGCAGCGGCAGCUGCAACCUCAGCAGCGGUGGCAGUAGCAGCAGCGGCAGCAGCACCUGCCCCCUUCAACGGCCGCCGUCUCCGCAGCAGGAGCAGCAACAGCGGAACCAGGAGCAGGGACACGCGCAGCCCCCUCCCUCCCUCCAACCUGCUAGCGAGCCCUUACCUUCCAGCGGCGCCACCAGCUGCAUUCCACCAGCGGCGGCGGCACCCCAGCAGCAGCCGCAGCAGGGGGCAGCACUUGCGGACGGCACGCAGCCUGGUGCCAGCAAGGCGCCCGUCUCCGCCUUCUCCACCGCCGCCGCCACCGCCUCCUUCUCCGCCUCGGAAGACCCCUCCACCACCGGCAGUACCACCAGCAGCCCCGCCUCCCCCUGCCCCUCCCCCUCCCCCUGCCCGGUCACCCUGGGCUAUGUUCGCAGCAUGUCAGCUCGCUUCGGCCGCAUGAGCAGCGGCAGCAGCAGUGGCGGGGGCGGCAGCAGCAGCGGCGGCGGCAGCAGCAGCGGCGGCGGCAGCAGCAGCGGCGGCGGCGGCAGCGGUCUGGAGGGUUUGUUCGGGGAGCUGGUGGGCCACGUGGGCGCGCUGCUGUCCUCGCACCCGCACGUGGAGGCGCAGAUGGGGGCGGUGCAGGGGCUGUCGGAGCGGCUGCUGCAGCUGCACGACCUGUGCGCCACACUGGGGCGCAAGGAGGACGAGGUGGAGCACCUGCGCGGGGUGCUGCGCGAGCUGACCAGCACGCGUGCGGACGCCAUCCGGCUCAAGGUGGCCAUGGCGGAGAGCCUCAACGGACUGCAGCAGGAGUACUACAAGGUCCUCCGCUCCGCCCAGCUGGCGCAGGGCAGUUGCAAGCAGCAGGCAGCCCGCGCCGCCGCCACCAGGCAGCAGCUGGCGGAGGCGCAGGAGCAGCUGGGCCGCUACAAGCGCGCGCUGGCGGGGGCGAGGGAGCGCAACAGACGGCUGCGGGCGGAGAAUGAGGAGCUGGCGGC